GCUGGGGGAUCUAGAAUGUUCUCUGCCAGCAGCCACUGGCCAGGACAGCACCUGUCCUGCACAGGACACCUGACUGUGAUGGCAGGGAGCCGUGCGGUGAUUUUUGACAUAGGGUCUGGGCAGUGCAAGGCUGGUCUGUCGUGGGAACAGGUUCCCCGCUCGGUUAUUUUCACUGUUGUGGGGUACCCCAAAUUCAAACCUGUCAUGUUUGGGGCAAGUCGUAAGGACCGGUAUAUUGGGGAGGAAGCCCAGUUCAAAAGGGGCGUUUUGUCUUUUACUUACCCAAUGGAAAAUGGGUUGGUUACAUCCUGGGAUGACAUGGAGAAGAUUUGGAGGUACCUGUACGAACAGGAGCUCAAACUGAAACCGAGCGAGAUGCCGGUGCUGCUGACCGAGGCCCCUCUCAACCCUUCAUCCCAUCGAGAGAAAAUGGCUGAGAUGAUGUUCGAGAGCCUCCAGGUGCCUGCCCUGUUCGUGACCCUGGCGGCACUGAUGGCCCUGUACGCCUCUGCCCGCACCACGGGACUGGUGCUGGACAGUGGCGAUGGUGUCACCGUCACCGUCCCUGUCUACGAAGGCCAUUACCUGCUCCAUAGCACCAGCAGGCUGGAUUUUGCAGGCAGAGGUGUAACCAAAUACCUCACAAGGCUCCUCUUGGAGACUGGGAACUCCUUCGUAAGCACAGCAGAGAGAGAGAUUGUCAGGGAUAUUAAGGAGAAGCUGUGUUACGUUGUGUUAGAUCCCAGCCAGAAGAUGCAUGCGGAGCCCGCAAAACUCCUGCGCAGGUACGUUCUCCCUGACGGGAGGGCUGUUGAGGCAGGAGACCAGCUAUUCCGAGCUCCCGAAGCGCUCUUUGUGCCUGCGGAGGCAGAAAUCACAGGGCCAGGGGUUGGGGUGAUGGUCCUGCAGAGCUGCUCCAAGUGCCACAGCGACAUCCAGCCCAGCAUCCAGAGGAACGUGCUGCUGUCGGGUGGAUCGACUCUGUUCCAAGGCUUCAAGGAGAGGCUCUGGAAGGAGCUCCAGGCAGGAGUUCCCAGCACAGCUCGUGUCAAGAUCAUUUCACCACAAGAUCGGGUGUAUUCCGUGUGGGUUGGUGCUUCCAUCCUGGCCAGCUUAAGAGCAUUUAGGAACAUGUGGGUUACCAAGGAAGACUAUUACGAGGUUGGAGCCACAGUACUCCAGAGAAAAUGCUUCUGAACAUUCAAGGAGCAACCAUCCAGGGCUUGUUUUUGAGUGCCAAUCUGAACUGCUGCAGAGCAGUUAAUAAAUCAGUACAAAAAU